AUGGAAGCACAGGGCGCUUAUGGUGGUGGCAAAGCUGGGGGUGCAUUCGACCCCAUAUCGUUCGUGCAGAGGCCCCAAGUGAUACUUCGGGCAGUUUGCUGGCUUUUCUCGAUAAUAGUUUUUGGAUGUAUUUCUUCUCAAGGCUGGUUAUACGAUGAAGCCUCCAAAAAAAACAAGUGUCUCUAUAAUGGGGACUCAAACGCGUGCAACUAUGGAGUAGGCAUUUCCGUUAUAGCCUUUUUGGCCAGCAUGGGUUUCAUUGCAGGAGAAUAUUUAUUCGAACAAAUGUCCUCAGUCAAAACAAGAAAACACUAUGUUUUGGGCGAUCUAGGAUUCUCAGGAGCAUGGGCGUUUUUGUAUUUUGUGGGUUUUUGGUACCUAACGAAUCAAUGGGGAAAAUCCACGUCGCCUGCUAAUGAAUAUGGGGUUAAUAAUGUACAAGCUGCUAUUGCAUUCUCGUUUUUCUCCAUAUUUACUUGGGCGGGUUGCGCAUUUUUCGCUUUUCAACGUUUUAAACAGGGGGCCGAUUCGGCUUUUGCCACAAACUACGAGGCCGACUCAGGCAUGCCAACUUCGUUCCCAUCCUAUCCUGGGGGCCCCGAGUCGGAUCAGCAUUAUCAAGAGCCCCCUUUCUCAGCUGGGCCCCAGAGAGGUCCAACCGAGUUCCAGGCUCCAGCAUAUUAA